AUGCUUGCUGGUUUAGCAGUAGAGCUGGUGAAGAGGUUUCCUAUGCUUGCUUCAAAAAAGGAUGAUGUACUGGUGGCUAUCGCUAAAAGCUUUCCCAGUGAGCUAGACUAUUGGGAAACACUUGUAUAUCCUCCUAAUUUGAACAAUAUUUUCGAAGUAUUGUCCAAGGCAGCGUCGGUUGGUAAUACUAACAGUACCAGCAUGGCUUGCAUCGUUCUUUUUAUUAAUAUGGAUCUUCGUAUUGAUCAAAUAGGCAAGUUGCAGAACUCUGUUAGUGAACAUUUUGCCCGACCAAUUCUUGAGGCUGCAUGUCAAAAUGCUUAUCAAGUUGUUAGUGAGAUUCUAGAUCAUUCUUUAGGUAAAGCACUUCAAAGUACAGAUAAAAAUGGGCAUGACAUUAUUCAGUUAGCAAUAAUAAACCGUUCGGAAAAAAUCUACAAUCUUAUCUAUGACUUUGGAGAACGUAAGAAUGUUUAUAGAACAUGCAAAGAUUCUUAUGAAAACAAUAUUUUGCACUUGGCGGGAAAAUUGGCGCCAUCAAGUGUAGUGAAUCGGAGAACAGGUGCAGCAUUACAACUUCAACGAGAGCUUCAAUGGUUUCAGGAAGUGGCGAAAUUUGUGUUUCCUUCAUAUAUUACUAAAGAGAACAUUGAUAAGGAGACACCAUAUAUGGUUUUCACAAGGGAACACAAGGAAUUACUAAAGGAAGGAGAACAGUGGAUGAAAACCACAGCGGAGUCAUGUAGUAUCACUGCUGCACUUAUUGUCACAAUUGUAUUUGCAGCUGGAAUUACCGUACCAGGUGGAAACAAUCAAGAAAAGGGGACCCCGUUGUUUAAAAGUAAAGCUGCAUUCAUUAUCCUUGCUAUAGCAGAUGCAAUCUCGCUAUUUGCAUCCAGUACAGCACUACUAGUGUUUUUGUCUAUCCUAACAACACGUUUUGCAGAAAAAGAUUUUCUAGUCAGUUUGCCUAGGAGAUUGUUUAUUGGAAUUUUCUCCUUAGUACUCUCUACAACAACCAUGAUGGUAGCAUUCAUUGCAACCUUAUUCCUUGUCUUUAGUGAUAACUAG